UGUUUCUUCAAUUGAGAUGUGAGAGUCCAUGUUGUUUUGCUUGUAGCUAGUCAUUAAAAAUCUAGACAGGAAGCUGAACAGAGGUGUUAAUUUCCCGUGUGUUAGACAUAGUAUUACCUACUACUACUAAAUAUAGCAUGUAGUAGUCUAGAAAUUCUAGUAGAAUAACCAGACUUUUAUAAUGGGAAGGAGAGGUCACCAUAGAAUAUUCAUAUGAAUGCCAGACUUUUUAUUUAUACAUGCCUUUUUAUUUUCCCAGGGGAUAAAAAAAAGAGUUUGAAUCUGUGUGAAGAUGGUCUUAGGAAAAGCAUUAGCACGUUGUAACUACUGGUACUUCUCAUACACAAUUCUGUCAAAUGUUUACUUUCUGGAGCCAGUAGAAAGAUGGGCAUGCAGUAUCCUUUUUAUUAUUUGUUAUUGAAGUAUACACUCGUUUUCAUAGCCAUUGUAAUCACAAUACUAUUUCUUUAAUUUCAAUUUGAACACACAUAUUCAGCUGUGUAAUCUUGAUAGAUAUAAUAUAAAAUUAUUUGGCAGAAUGUGGUUAACAAUAAUGACUAGUCUUAUAAUUAAGUUCUCUUUUAGAAUUUCAGAUAUGAACUUUUAGAUAUAAAUAAGUUUAUAUUAAAAUUCUUGUUUUAAAGCUUUUCCUUUGUCAUAUUUAUUUUUCUAUUACCGGUAUUUGUAAGUUGUAAUAGCAAUAUCAUGACAAAACUUUUUUUUUUUUCAUUUGAUAUUCCUUAACAGAUUCAAGAUAUAUUGCUGCUAUUCUUCCUGGCUCUUGUGUUUUACACCUCAUAUGUCUACCUUCCUGGCCAUUCUCUUAUGAUGCUUCACUUUUUCAAAUAUCUUUUGGGGAUUGAGAAUGAUACAGAGAUAGCUGUUGUUACAUGAUGACCCACAUCAAUAUUUCUAACUUAAAUAUUUCUUUAAAUAAUUAUGAAUCAUUGUAUCAUAAUGAAUGGGAUUGUAUCAUAUCAUCAUUUGUUCAGAGACUAGAUUUCUGAGGAGAAUUUUGUAAUGAAAGAUUAAAAGGCAGAUUAUUAUACCAGUUGUUGAUUGAAGAGUGUGUGUAAUUUUCUUAAUAUGUAGAUAAACAUUAAUUAAAUUUAUCUUAUUUAAUUUGAUGUACCUGUACCUAAAAAAUGUAACAUGUUCUUUGUUUAUUUGAACUUGAUCAUUAAAAUAGAAUUAUCUUUACUUUAUUCUAAUUUUGUUUCCUUUCCAAAAGAGCCUUAUACUUAUUUCACA